AUGGCCGAAAACAAUGUACAUGUACCUGAGAAGCCACGAUACAUCAAUUUCCCGUCUUUGGAACCUGGUACAAUCAUCGAUGGAAAGCAGGCUCUGAAUCGGUGGUCAUAUGAAAUAACCAGAGAACAUGAUUUCCCUGGAGCUCAAGCGAUGCUUUAUGCAGCCGGUGUUCCAAAUCGAGACAUGAUGAAGACAGCACCUCAAGUUGGCAUCGCGACUGUCUGGUGGGAAGGAAAUCCUUGCAAUACUCAUCUACACGACCUCGGGAAGAUUGUCAAGGACGCUGUCCAGAAGCAGGGCAUGCUCGGCUGGCAGUUCAACACGAUUGGAGUCAGUGAUGCGAUUACCAUGGGAUCGGAUGGCAUGAGAUUCUCCCUUCAGAGCCGAGAGAUCAUCGCCGACAGCAUAGAAACAGUCACGUGUGCCCAGCACCAUGAUGCUAAUAUUUCCAUUCCAGGCUGCGAUAAGAACAUGCCCGGUGUUAUCAUGGCCGCUGCAAGAUUCAACAGACCUUUCAUAAUGAUAUACGGUGGAACUAUCAAGAAGGGAUUUUCAAAGCUCCUUAACAAGGACGUCAACAUCAGCACUUGUUACGAAGCUUCGGGUGCAUUUGCGUAUGGGAGACUCCAGGCCGCAGAGGGUGCUGGAGAGCCUGGGCGAACUCCUAGCGAUGUGAUGCAAGAUCUCGAGGAGCACAGUUGUCCAGGUUCUGGUGCUUGUGGUGGAAUGUAUACUGCCAACACCAUGUCUACAGCAAUCGAGGCUAUGGGUCUCUGCCUCCCAGGAUCUUCUUCUAAUCCUGCCGAGUCCCCAGCGAAGAUGCGAGAAUGCGUAAAAGCGGCUGAGACUAUCAAGAUCUGUAUGGAAAAGAACAUCCGAGCCAGAGACUUGAUGACCAAAGAGUCUUUUGAGAAUGCUCUUGUGAUAACAAUGGCACUUGGAGGUUCGACAAAUGGCGUUUUGCAUUUUCUAGCUAUGGCUGGGACUGCUGAAGUUCCGCUCUCCCUUGAUGAUGUUCAGCGAGUGAGCGAUCGAAUUCCAUUUAUCGCAGAUCUUGCCCCAAGUGGCAAAUAUUUCAUGGAGGAUCUAUACAAUAUUGGAGGCACCCCGGCAGUUUUGAAGCUGCUUGUAGCAGCUGGGCUCAUGAAUGGUGAUAUCCCUACCGUUACCGGAAAGACUUUGCGAGAGAACAUUGAACCUUUCCCCUCAUUGCCACAAGAUCAAGUCAUAAUUCGUCCAUUGUCCAACCCCAUCAAAGCCACAGGGCAUUUGCAGAUUCUUCGAGGAAAUCUUGCUCCAGGAGGAGCGGUCGCUAAGAUUACCGGAAAGGAAGGACUAUCGUUUACUGGCAAGGCCAAGGUCUUUAACAAGGAGCACGAGCUCAACACUGCGCUCAACAAAGGACAGAUUCCACAUGGUGAGAAUCUAGUACUCAUUGUCCGUUAUGAAGGCCCGAAAGGUGGUCCUGGAAUGCCGGAGCAGCUCAAGGCAUCUGCGGCGAUCAUGGGUGCUGGACUCGACAACAUUGCGCUGGUGACUGAUGGCAGAUACUCCGGGGCAAGUCACGGCUUUAUCGUUGGCCAUGUCGUACCUGAAGCUGCUGUCGGCGGUCCAAUCGCUCUGGUUCAAGACGGAGAUGUCGUGACUAUCUCUGCCGAAACAAACACUUUGAGUAUGGACGUGAGUGAUGAAGAAAUCGCGAUUCGUUUGAAGGCUUGGAAACCCCCUAGAACCCCUGUGAACCGUGGAGCUCUGGCAAAGUAUGCAAAGCUUGUUGGUUCUGCUUCUUACGGAGCGAUGACAGACCAAUUCUAG